AUGAACUCGCAAGUACCAGCAGUGCAAGACACCGAGCCGGACGACGACGACGACUACGUAUCAGCCGUAGACCCAUACUACCAAGACGACGAGGAUGAAGAAGAACCCUACGUCAGUACCUGGGACCCCGACGACUCGGAGAGCGACCCGGGGCCUCCCGACUUCGACCCGUCGGAAUCGGCUUGGGACCUGGAAGAUGAGGAGGAAUGUGAGCAGCUGCUGGACUGGGCGCACCGC